AUGACUGAGGUGGAUGAUUUUGACGUUUUCAAAGACCGGAAUUUGGAUCUGGAGAUAGAAACCCUCGUCCACAUAAAAGAGCUUUGCUAUUUGGGGAUAAACUCAGGGCUGACGUAUUUAGGAUGCGCCCAUAGCACGGAACUCUCCGAUUGGAAGGAAGAAGUUUAUUUUGCAUGUAGUUGCCUAAGGUAG